CUAAAACCACCGCCGCGAGGCAUCGGGAUGACUUCGAUGGUGGUAUUGUGCAGACGUCGAGUAAGACCGAGACCGGAAGGAUCUGGAAGUUAGGAACUUAUGAAGGAAGGCAACAUGCUUGACGUCUACGUCGUACCAUACUGUAUGUUGUAAAGUCGAUGAUACGUCUUCGAGUUAAUGCAGCCGGAACACAGAUCAGGGAAGACACUGUUCGCUUUUCUGAGUUCGAUGUGCUUCGUAGAGCGGAAUAAAUGUCUCGUUUCCAUAGUGCACUAUCUUAAGGAGGCGCUCCUGACAUACAGUACGAAGAUGUAGAGAAAUAUCAACGGGGAUACGAACAGAAAAUUUUUUCUUCCCUUCCGUGGCUUGUGGUCUCCCUCACACGAUGAAAAUUUACUGCCUCCACUUUUGAGUCUGAGUCUCUGAAUGACUCCAUGUAGUUGACUAUCAAACUCACCGCGACGCGUUCCGCGGAUUUUAAGUGUCCUCCUGUACUGUAGAGCAGAUGGAUCAUUUAGUCAAGACAGACACUACGACUUUGAAGUUGAAGCCUGUGCCUACAAGCAGCAGCAGCAGUCUGAUUUCCAGAUCGACGUCUUUAUGAAAAGUGCAUGAUGGACAGGGGCACAUUCAUUGGGGACUCCUGCGGCAUCUCCUGCUGUCUGGAUGUCCAAACGAUCCAGCGGAUUCGAGUGCCUACGUUCUAGGCCGGCGGCCUGGCAUCGGCGACUCGGAGCGCUCCAUCGCUCGCACAGUGCAUCGAUCGUGUUGGAGAAAGACGACAGGCCUUACUUAUUCUACAAGGAUGUUUCGGAUCUCGAGCAUGGCGGAGCCACAGCUGCAUCUCCGAUCUCAGAUGCCGCCAUGGCAUCUGGCCUGCGGCGUGCAUGCUUCAUGUCAAAGGCACUGUCGCGCAUGCAUCGUCUGGCCCGACUGCACUCGCAGCGGCGAAUGGGAGGCGACGACUGCUAGCGGACUGUCAUGCCAUCGAGUUCGGUCACCGGGAAGGCGAAGCUUUGCACGAGCUGACUCCCUUGGCCUUCGAGGCGGCAUGCUCUGCAGAGGUUCAGGGCAGCUCAUCAACACGUCCACUCGCUAGAGCUCGGUGCGUGUCAGGAGUUCGAGAGGAUUGCGACGCUCUGGAGCAGGUAGCUUCGGCCUUGGCCCUGGACGUGGAGCUGCUCCUGGUCUGGGCCAGCUCCAUCACGUUUGUUGGUGGACGAGGGGAAGAAGGUUGUACUCUGACGCAGCAGGACUUGAUCGCCUCAGCUGCAGCGCAGAUUCUCCACCUUCUGGUUCGGGACCUGGAGGACAAUCGAGCAGGCUCGCUUACGUCUGUUGUCGAUGCUGCCUCCUUGGAACUCUGGGGCCUCAGCUGCACCGCCACCGCGCCAUUCUACAGCGCCAGCUGCUUUCUUCAGAUCGGUGCAGACCUCUGCUAAGUAGAAUUUUGGGCCUUGGCAGCUUUGCCGUUGCUUCGAAUCAGACCCCUCGUUUCUUGUUGGUGCUCGGCUGUGUGUCAGCUCUCGACGACGGCGAAGGUUCUUCGGAAUUGUGGAGUCAAGUUGGUUGAGCUCAAUGAAUGCUCGGUGCCCGUAACCGACUCAGCUUGGCUUUUCUAGGACAAGCCAGAAUUCGCUCGUGGUAAUCCUGCCGCGGUUGCUGCUACCGUGGGGGACACCACUUGCACGUCCAUUUGGCUGUUGUGGGUGGGAGGGAGCUCUCGUGGUGUACGACUCCGAAGCUUUCUGUCAGUUGGACUACACAGUUUUCAUGGCGUCCAGGAUCUGUGUGAAGUCUGCGGGUGCUAGGAGCUUACCGGGCGGCAAGAUCAUGAAAACUCGGACCACGGAACUCUAGCUGUGGACUCACACAGUACUCGAAACAACUCAGAAUUCUCCAAGUGCAGUCUCAAGAUCAAGAUCAAGAUUGUGGAAAACUGCAUUUACAGUACAGCACGGCAACUCUUCAACAAGUGCUGGCAAAUUUCCUGCAAUUACCUUCGAAAAGUGCUUAAGUGCACAUCAUUCAUAUCUGCAUCCCUUGCUCUGAGGUCGUGAAGGUUCAAUCAUCUGGUUCUGCAUGCAGAAUUGUGCCGAGGAAGGCCAUGGAGACUUUCGGCAGCAGGGCUGUGAUCCAUUAUCUAUCCAAUGUCGGCGGUGGGAGUCGAUGGAUGAUAUUGAGGACUACAUGCCAUACAAGUUGUAGAGUGUUGACCCUUGCACUUUGAGAAAUAUCGUUGGAAGUGGAGACGUGGAACAGAAAGCUGGAUGGGAAGGUAUUUACUAUGAUUGACAUGACGACAACCGAAAUUCGUUGGAGCUCUACAGACUGGAAACUGAACAGAGCUUUUAAACUGUCCGAUGGAUACAUCCUGCAAACUGCGAACUCUCAAAAAGAAUCAUGGAGUUUCUCUCUUUCUAAAGUGUGGCCAAGGUGACAGGGAUGGAGGUCCUGGAAAUAAGUUCAACGUAGGACCUUCAAGACCCAGCACAUGUUCGUUGAGUUGUAAGACAUCUGCAAAGAGAGUCAGUUGGGUAUUAGAGGGCUUGUGUUCUGGAAAUUUCACUUGUUUGAUAAUACUUGUCGAUUUCGAAAUCCUAGGUGGCUCCCACCUGCUUAUUCAAUGCGGAACCAGGGGAAAAGCUUGUUCUUAGAAUUGCAUUCAUGUGUCGUGAAACCGUUAGAAAGAGCUUUGAUAUCUUGGAAGUACAAACAAGGACUUGUUUGUAUUUUCACCUCGAAAGCGCUCUGAAAUUAUGCAAUAUGCACGAAAAGUAAUUGAAAUGAGAGUAAAAAAAAUCGUCAUAGAUUGGCAUGGAGAAACCAAGAGGGCUAUACGAGUGUUCUUUCAAGUAGCGUUAGAAUUUUGUACUCUUUUGGUGGACGAUCUAUGACAACACACAGACUUGGCCAGAGGAUAGGAAGAUUUGGAUUUGAAGCAGUGCUCGAAACCGAAGGUCACCACAUUAUGAACUAGAAUGUAUUUGAAGGAGGCCGCACUAAAAUAACAAAAAGGGUGCGCAAGGUAUUUAGAGGUUAUGGACGGAACCAGGAAAAAAAGUUUGGCUUCUGUUGAAGUCAGCUAUCAGUGAGAUUUUCUCCUAUAAUAGUCUGAACGACGACGUACAUUCUCGAUGUUACAGGAGGAAAUACUGAUCGGACACAAGGUGUGUAAAAGCGCCAGUCUUGUACAUGCUAAAAGAAAACCAAAGGAUUUUGCCGAGAUCUCUACGGAAGGAACAUUGUGGGUGUAAAGGUGGGCGUAUGUUUUUGUUUCUUGACAUGUAGCUUCGGCCCACGGUGGUCCUGAUCAGGUUACGUACAUAACC